UUGGCCGGCCGCGUCGCGGGAAGGCAGGCGGCCGAGGCGGGGCAGGAGCCAUGAACGGCAGCCGCAGCGAGAGCGACUGGCAGGGGCUGGUGGGCGAGUACCUGGUGUGUAAACGGAAACUGGAGAGCAAGAAAGAAGCCCUCCUCAUUCUCUCGAAGGAACUUGAUUCCUGUCAACAGGAAAGAGACCAGUUCAAGCUUAUGGCUAACCAACUACGGGAAAAGCACCAAUCGCUAAAGAAGAAAUACCAAGAACUAAUUGAUGGCGAUCCUUCUAUUCCUCCAGAGAAAAGAAAACAGGCAAAUCUCACCCAGCUUCUGAGCGAUUCCCGGGAUCGAAAUAAACAUUUAGGGGAAGAAAUCAAAGAAUUGCAUCAAAGACUGGGAGAAGUGCAGGGAGACAACAAGCUUCUUCGGAUGACAAUUGCCAAGCAAAGACUUGGAGACGAAGAAGUUGGAGCCCGCCAUUUUGCUCCCCACGAGCGAGAAGAUCUCGUGCAGCAGCUGGAGAAAGCACGAGAACAAAUGGAGACUCUACAGCUUGAUCUUCAAGCGUCAUUGGACGAGCUCCAGGACAUGAGGGAAGAGCGUUCCUUUUACCAAGAGAAGUCUGAAAAGUUAAACCAAGAACUGAACCACGUUCUCGGAGGACACGUCGACCGCAUCAUCGAUAUAGAUGCUCUCUGCAUGGAAAACAGAUACCUUCACGAGCGAUUAAAACAAGUUCAAGAAGAAGUUAAUAUUCUGAAAUCGAACAUUGUGAAAUACAAGAACGCUCUAGAAAGAAGGAAAAAUUCAAAAGGUCACAGCAAAUCGAACAGCAGCGCCCUGACUGGAAUCCUUUCUGCAAAGCAAGUGCAAGAGCUGUUAUCCGAAGAUCACGGCUGUAGUUUACCAGCGACCCCUCAGUCCAUUUCUGACCUUAAAUCCUUGGCUACAGCUUUAUUGGAGACCAUUCAUGAGAAGAAUAUGGUCAUCCAGCACCAAAGGCAAACCAACAAGUAAGUGACUUUUUCUACAAUAAUAUGAGUGUA